AUGAGUGAAAUGCUUGAGUUCAUCAGCGCAAGCGAAAAUGGCGUAACAGAGGAUAUGCUUUGCAAAAGAUUCCCAAAUAUAAAGAAGGCUGAUAUGGCCGUUAUUCUAAAUAGCUUUUUACAGCAGAACCAAAUUGAAGUACAAAGGUCUGGAACUACACUGCUUUACAAAUGCAUUCAAAGUAGGAACAGCAGCUAUGAAGCACUUGUCCUCAAUUUGAUAGCACAGAGUGGGUCGAGCGGUCUUUGGCUGAAAGACAUUAAGAAUAAAACAAAUAUACCGCACAAUCUUAUCCUUAAGAUCCUCCGAGUGCUAGAAGAAACAAGGAGGAUAAAAAGCAUUAAGUCAGUGAAGAACAAUAGAAAGAUUUAUGUUCUGUUUGAUAUAAAACCCGACGAGGAUAUCAGUGGGGGAGUAUGGUUCAGUAACAACGACGUAGAUCUUGUCUUUGUUAAUAAAUUAAUGGAAAUAAUCUAUCAAUAUGUCAGAAAGCCAGAAGGGCCAUUUGUACUCAAUAAAGUUGACAAUCUUGUAAAACUAAGGAUGGUAAGAGAGUUUAUCUCGACAAGCGGGAUCUCCGAAGUUGUGCUGACAGUUGAUGAUGUCAACACAUUGAUAGACUGUCUGGUAUAUGACGGGAAGAUAGAAAGGAUAGAGGUGGGGGGAGACGUAGCAUUGAGGGCAUUGAAGGACGAAUACAUGAAAUUUUGA